CACCUCGGCAAGAACACCGUGACAUCUCAAAAAUAAUGGAUUUUUAGUAUUAUACAUCAUCGUAUUCGUUUUCACGAGCUCUACAGUUCAAGAACAACGUGACAAACAUAACUCAAACCGUACCCGUUUGGAGUGCUGAUCACAGUAUUCUUGUGAGCAGUUGAUGAGGAUAAUAAGGCAAGAACAUCGUAUCUUCCAGCCAGUAGUGCUGCGACAUUGGUAGAGGGAGGACCCUACGUCAAGAAGAACGUGACAUCGAGAUGGCACAGUCUUCUUGCAUCAAGAUACCGAAGAGCAGAGGGGAGAAACUUUUGAGAAUGGUAAAAGUUGUGCCAGCAACUUCUCACAUUCAACAUCCGAAGAAAUCGCUCAUCACCCAAAAUGUUGGUGAGUCCUGGAAGCUGGAUCCUGGCAGUGUUUGGGCGGAGCUGAGUUUUGAACACAAACAUUUUUAUUGUGAAAUAAGCAAUGAAAAUAUUACAUUGUUAAAAAUGACGCUACUGUCUGAUGGGUCUGACACAACUAAGGUGAGUGAAAAUAAACAAGAGAAGAUGGAAGAGAACAAUAAUUCGACAAUAACUCAUCAAAUGACCUUUGAUGACUUCGAUCAACCUCAACCCAAAAUCACCAAUGAAGAACUUGCAUCUCUUCUAGUAGAAUCAAUUGCUCAUGUAGAGACCCAGGAGAAUCUCACAAGCAUGUUAGAUGAACUGGAAAAUUUGGCUCAAACACAUCAAGUUUCUCCAUCUGACGGCAAUGAUGCAUUUCUCACAGAUGUAGCUGCAGAAACUGACAACCGUUUCACAGGUGAUGUUCCUGUUCUAUGUUCUCAAGAAGAAGUUAUCGAUAAUGAGGAGGAUGAACUGAGUUACGCUCCAUCCACAUUAGUGGCAGAAAAGGGAAAGAAAAGAAUAGCGGAUCCUUCAAAGUGGGAAGACAAUAAAAGAAAAAAACUCCGCAAUACUGGCCAACAAUAUAUCAAGAAAAAAAGUAAGACAACUAGACCUGCUCGAGCUUUGAAACCUGCAUGUGAUGACUGUAUUUUCGACUGUGCAUCUAAAUUCAGUGAUGAAGAUAGGCAAAAAAUAUUCUCUGAAUAUUGGGAAAUUGGAGAUGUAACGAGGCAGAGAGAGUUCAUCACUCGCCAAAAAAAGGAUGUAACUACCCAUAAUCAAACUGAUAAAUCCAGAAAAGUGAACUGGGCUAUUCCACUAUUACUAUUCCACUAAGAAUGGUAAGGAAAUUCGGGUUUGUAAAGUUUUCUUCAUGAACACAUUGGAUAUCACAAGAUGCACUAUGAAUGAUUGUAAUCCAAACUCUAUUGUUCUAUACUAUUUGUAUUUUAUUAUUCUUUAUGUAUUAAUGUGAUGCUCAGGGAUUUCAUUAUUUUUUUAUUAA